GUUGUCAAAAUGUGAUGCUGAAAAUAGAUUGUGUUAUUACGGUUCGAGUGAGAGACGUUUUCCAGUUUUGUGGUGAUUUUCACGAGUUUACGAGAAAAAAUUGAAGAUAUCGACCGAAAAAUCGAUAGCAGUGACUGAGUUUGGAUUUCAUUGGAAGCCGGGAAAAGUUCCCUCCCCUAUCCGGAAAAGCGAAUCCGGAGAGGAUCGUCAGGAUUUGCGAAGGUGUGCGUGCGAGGGAAAACCCCGAGAUUUUCCCGAGAGUGAGCGAAAUCCCAAAAGAAGCGUGAGAGGAAAAGUCGCACCCAGAUCGGGACACGGGAUCAGAUCAUGCACACGGCCUGAGGAUUAGUUGAGAUUCGACUGCGGAACCGUUCGGAUUGUUCCCCGCUUCCCAAAUCAAACGUUGAAGAAGACGUUUCCAUUUAGCACCAUAUAAGGAAGGUCGGUUACCCAAAGUGAGGAAGAUGGCGGACCAAAUAAGUGAUCCCAUCCGGAAGUGUUCGAUCAUCCUGAAGAACGCCAAGAGCGACACGGAAAAGUUCGCCGCCCUGUUCAUGGUGACGAAGCUGAUCAAGGGCAAGGAUUGCAACGAGGCCGGCAAGCGGUUGCUGUUCGACGCGAUCGGGUUGGACUUUGUGCGGAGGUUGCUUACGAGCAAGGACGUUCCGGAUGCAUCGGCUUACCAGAGUGUAGCCUUGUCGAUCUUGAGCUGCUUCUGCGAGGAUGAACAGCUGGCCACGCACAAGGACAUGCUGGAGAGUAUUCCGGUUUUUCUGGGGAUCGUGUCCACCUGUGACGAUGACGAGUACGAUGAUAAUUUGAUCGUGAUCAACGAGGCGUACCACUGUCUGCAGAGUAUUGCGGCGCACGAGAAAGGGCGACAGGCGCUGAAGGAGCAGGGCGUGAUCAAGAAGAUGGCCGAAGUCUAUACCCAGCAGAGCUUCCAGAUCGAUGAGGCGUUGACGCUGAUCGUGACGUUGGUCAGUCACUUUGGACCGUCGUCGUGGGAUGAGGACCCAAAGCUGUUCCACGCGCUGAUGCAACGCGUUUCGUUGGACUUUGAAACCGAUCACGCCGAGAGGAAGUUCGAGUUGGCGGACAUGAUCUCCGUUCUGUUGUUCACCUGUCGGAAGGAGCUGAUCUCGAGGACCGUGGAAGGGGAAAUUUGGCCCGAGUGUUUGUACAAAGGUGUGAGCGAUAUUCUGAAGAGCAAGAUUGGGAAGGCUCAGCGUGAUCCGACACUGAAAAUGACCGCCAAUAUCCUGGAGAUCCUGGGAAUCGAGUGGACCCUCCACGAUUCGGAAAAUCCGAAGAAGUUUUUCCUGCUACUGUUGCAGCUGGCCGCGAUCGAAGUGCGCAUGCAGAUGGACAACAAGAGCUUCAAUCAGGUCAUGGCCCAGGCUGAUCUGGUCACGGCUUGUUUCAUCAUUCUGGAGCUGUCCAUGAACUACAUGUCGACCGAUCAGCUGGACCUCGAUCAAAAGGACAAGCAGCAGGUCUACACCGGGCUGAAGGGCGCUUUCUCGGCUGUGCUGUCCGUUUUCACCAAGCUCUCGAACGACACCAAGAAGGAUAAACUUCAGCCGAAGGAGAAGGCAUUUGCUUGUGCAAUGGUCCGCGUGCUGAGCGCCUGGUUAUCCCAGGAAACCUCCGCUCUCAAGGGACAGGUCUUCAAACUCCUGCCCUUCAUUUUCAAACUGGCAAACGAAUCAUUCUACGCCUCUCGCGACCAUCGCAUCAAAGCCAAAACCGAGCCAACCGCCGAGCAAGCCCCCGCCGAUGUCCUCCGCGUGACGCUUCCGGCCAUGUGCCAUCUCGUCGUCGAGGAGGAAUCCCGCAAGGUGUUCCUCAAGGAAAAGGAAGAGCAAGUCCUGUACGACUGUCUGCUCUUCCACUGGACGAUCGCUCACUACAAGAAACCCCCGAUUCCCCGCGCUGAGCGCCUGAAGCGCAUGAACGAACCCGAUCCGGAAAUGACCCCCUUCCAGCUGGAGGAAAUGAAGGACUCCCGGACCGCGAUCGUGUCCUUGUGCAACAUCUUCAUGAACAUCACCGUCCUCGAGCCGAAACUAGUCGAGGAGAGCACCGUCUUUGCCCAGUUGCUGCGCUUCAUUUUCGAACAUCUCCCGGAACUGAAGGACACCCCGGACAACUUGGUCAUGCACGGCCACCUGGCCGUCCUCGGCCUACUCCUGCUCAAGCAGCAAUCCUCCAAAAUCAAAAAGAACGACUUCUCCAUCUGCCGCUACAUCCAGACGACGAUCCGCUUCCUGUGGGACGCCUACAACAUCGACGAAUCGAACGACCCCCAGGAACUGGUCGUGUCCCUCGCCUACAAGGAGUACUGGUUCGAGAUCAUGGAGCUCUGGUUCCUGGGCAUGCAAACCAUGAGCGGCAUCAUCAAGCUCAUCCCGUGGAUCUCCGAGUUCUGCAUCGAGUCCGGUUGGGCCGAGGGAAUCAUCGAAACCCUGAAGAAGGUCAAAAUUGGAACCCUCCCACCGAAUGUGAAGCUGGCCUACGAGGACUUCCUGUCGCAGCUUGUGGACGCCAACAAGUCGGUCGCAGCCGUGCUGAAGAAGGCCGAUGCCCUCAAGGUGUGCCGGAACCACCGGAUGAUGGAACUGGGCAAGAAGCUGUUCGGUGACUAAUUUGAUUGUAAGACACAUUUCAGGGUUUUUUUUUUGCUCGAGAGGAGAGAGUCUGCGUACUGUUGCGCUUUUCGCCACUUUGUGGCGGUAGUAAAAGCGCAAAACGAUUUUUGUAUGUGUUUCUUGCUAUAUCCCACUUAGGAACUAAGUAUCAUAUGUAAUAAAGCAAUCUAUUAGAUUUGUUAGUGAACUUU